UUUCAUAGCGCAGCGCACUAAAAACAGCGGACGCUAGGGGAUCAAGACGCACGCCACCCUGCCUUCUAUAUGGGCUCUUUGACAAUCCUUACGGUGUUUUGCCAGUAAGGGGGUUUCGGAGGGAGGAUUUUUUUUUAAAUUCCACUCUUUGAUGUGACUGUUUGCAUCAGCGAUUAUUGAGUCGGUUGUUUUGGCUGCUGUUACCCCCCUUUCCCUUGUGCGCAUUCCCCCCUCCUUCCUUUGCUUGGACCGGCCAUCUCUUCCACCGCGCGUCCCCCAAUGUCCUAUCCUCAGGGUUACCUCUAUCAGCCGCCGGGCUCGCUGGCUCUGUAUUCGUGUCCGGCUUACGGGGCCUCGGCUCUGGCCGCCCCGCGGAAUGAAGACCUGGCGAGGUCGUCCUCCGGCUCCGCCUUCAGUCCGUAUCCUGGAUCGGCUGCUUUCUCCGCCUCGGCCGCGGCCAGCUUCUCCAGCCCGCUGUCGUACUCCACGGACCCGGCCACAGGAUUCCCAUCGUACAUGAGCUCCCCAUAUGACGCGCACACUGCGGGCAUGGCCGGGGCCUUGAGUUAUCACCCAUACGGGAGUCCCGGGUAUCCGUACCAGCUCAACGACCCCGCUUACCGCAAGAACGCCACCAGGGACGCCACGGCCACCCUGAAGGCCUGGCUGCAGGAGCACAGGAAGAACCCUUACCCGACCAAAGGGGAGAAGAUCAUGCUGGCCAUCAUCACCAAGAUGACCCUGACUCAGGUCUCCACCUGGUUUGCUAACGCCAGGCGGAGGCUGAAGAAGGAGAACAAGAUGACGUGGGCGCCCAGGAAUAAGAGCGAGGACGAGGAUGAGGAGGACGGGGAUGGGGAGAGAAAGGACGUGGAGCGGUCGGAGAAGAACUUGGACCACAGCGAGGCUUCGGCGGAGGAUGAAGGUAUCAGUUUGCACGUGGACACGCUCACGGACCACUCGUGCUCUGCGGAGUCGGACGUGGAAAAGUCGCUCCACUGCCGGGGUUCGGACAAAUGUGACGAGGACGCGCAGGAGGAGGACGUGCACGAGCACCGCGCCCCCGGCUUCCGGCUCUCCCCCAAGCCCGUCACGUCGUCGCCUCUGAUGGGAGUGGAGGCGCCGGUGUUCGCGCAGCACCACCACCCCCACCAGCACCAGCACCACCUCCAUCACCUGCAGCAGCUCCAACGCGAGGAUUUAGCCCGGAGCCUCGGCAUGAGCGGCGCCGUUAUUAAUAACACCAACAAGUCUUGCCUUGAUAGCAGACCGUCCACAGGGGGGUCUCAGAACCCCAAACCCAAACUGUGGUCCCUGGCGGAGAUUGCUACCUCAGACCCAAAGCAGCCCAGCGUGGGGCUCCUCACCCCCCCGACGUCCUCCGCAGCCUCCCCGUCCGCCACUUCGCCCUCCAUCUACCCGCCCCCCUCCCUCAUCGGACGGCCUAUUUACUACACGUCGCCCUUUUAUAGCAAUUACACAAACUAUAGCAACUUCAGCCCCCUGCAGGGCCAAAGCAUACUGCGCUACUCCAACUCCUCCGGGGUGAGUCUGGCUGCAGCAGCCGCCGCCGCAGCGGCCGCUGCCGCCGCCGCAGCCAGCGAGGGUGUCGCCCCUCACCAUGCAACGGAGUCCGGCGCGCUGCAGCCCAAACACCGGCCCCACUCCCCUCUGGCUAAACUGAUCCUGAACCAGACUGGCGCUGCUGGUGAACAUCAGCAUUUUAGACCUGUACAUUUGGAAGCAAAAAAAGGCACGUAGAUGAAAGUUCACAUUUCUGUAGAAAUGUGCAAGCGUGCGUCUUUUUUCCCCCACUGGCAACAGGUGAGGAACUUAAUUGUGCAUCACUCACUUUAAGUUAAUUGUAAUUAUGCAGGGUCAGCCAACACAUGCAUUUACACCUGCUGUAUCAGUGGAUUGACAUUAUUUGGGGAUUUUAUUUGUAGUUUUUUAUUUAUUUCCAUCAUCUGCAGGUAGGUGUCACACUUGCUUAGAAUAUAAAAGUGAUUUAACCCCAUCACCUGGCCACCUAAAGGAGAUCCAGUGCCACCAGUCGGGAUGAAAGCUGCUCCCCCUGCCUCUACUCAGUAGGCACAUAAUUAAAAGAAUAAUUAUUGUAAUAUGACACUUUUCAAGUAUGCAUAAUAUGGUUUGUUCUCCCCAUGUAUGUGAUUUAUACGUUAUUUCUCAGGUUCAUUUAUUUUUUUAUUUUUUAUUUUUAUUUUUUGCCACAACAGGGGUCUCAGACUACAGAAGUGGCCCAUAGGCCAUUUGCAGCCCACAAGCUCAUAGUUUGCGUUCCUCUACGUAACUUUAGAUCAGUGGUUCUUAACCUUGUUGGCGGUACCGAACCCCACCAGUUUCGUAUACGCAUUCACCGAACCCUUCUUUAGUGAAAAAUAAAUUAUAACAAAUUUCAAAUUCAAGACAAAGUAUUAUUUUUUUGGUAACACAUUAGAGUGGGGAUCAUAUUCUAAGUCAGUGGUUCUCAACCUUUUUUCAGUGAUGUACCCCUCGUGAACAUUUUUUUAAUUCAAGUACCCCUAAUCAGAGCAAAGCAUUUUUGUUUGGGAAAAAGAGAUAAAGAAGUAAAAUACAGCACUAUGUCAUCAGUUUCUGAUUUAUUAAAUUGUGUAACAGUGCAAAAUAUUGCUCAGUUGUAGUGGUCUUUCUUGAACUAUUUGGAAAAAAAGAUAUAAAAAUAACUAAAAACUUUUUGAAAUAUAAACAAGUGAUUCAAUUAUAAAUAAAGAUGUCUACACAUAAAAGUAAUCAUCAACUUAAAUUGCCCUCUUUGGGGAUUGUAAUAGAGAUCCAUCUGGAUUCAUGAACUUAAUUCUAAACAUUUCUUCACAAAAAAUAAUAUUUCAAACAUAAACAAUAUUUAUGGAACAUGUCCACAAAAAAUCUAGCAUUCAACGCUGAAUAUUGCUUUGUUGUAUUACUUUUCACAGUUUAUGAUUGUACAAUCAUAUUUUGUAGAAGUAUUAUUCAAUAAAUAUAUUCAUAAAGGAUUUUUGAAUUGUUGCUAUCUUUAGAAUAUUUUUUUAAAAUCUCACGUACCCCUUGGCAUACCUUCAAGUACCCCCAGGGGUACGCGUACCCCCAUUUGAGAACCACUGAUCUAAGUAACUAAGACUUAAUUUAGAGUGUUUUGGUUAGGGUCAGGGUUAGAGGUUUAGGGUAUUAUAAGGCCAUGCCGAAUAAGGCAUUAAUAAGGACUUAAUAAUGACUAGUUAAGAGCCAAUGUGUCACUAAAUUUAAUGUUAAUAAGCAACUAAUUAUGGUUAAUAUGUUCCUCAUACUAAAGUGUUACCAUGUUUUUUUUUACUGCUGCACAAAAUGAAUCGUGCAUGAACAUCACCUUGUUCAAAAAACAAAACUAAAACAGUGCAUAAACUCACAACAAAUAACACAGUCCCUGUGUUUUGACCUCCGCCAAACCCCUAAGGCAGACUCACCGAACCCCUAGGGUUCGAUCGAACCCAGGUUAAGAACCACUGCUUUAGUUAGAUAGAUAGAUAGAUAGAUAGAUAGAUAGUACUUUAUUGAAUCCUUCAGGAGAGUUCCCUCAGGAAAAUAAAAAUUCCAGCAGCAUUGCACAGAAUUAAGAUCGAAUUAAUGGGGGUGAAUGGAUAUAAAAUAGAAAAUAUUACAAUAAAAAUAACAAUAAAAAGCAACAAUGGCGAUAAAAAAUACAACAGUAAAAAUAAGAUUGUAACAAGAGAAACUAGGCGGUAGUGACCAUGUUAUGAAAGUGUAUUGUACAGUUAGUGCACUGUUUUUUGUAGCAGUUUAUUUCAGUAUUGUUAUUGUUUUGCAUCCCCUGUCUCUUCCCCUCCAUAGAGGAGUUGUAGAGGAAAAAUGAGUUUUUUAGUCAAUUAGUCCUUCCCUUUAGUGCAGGGAUAUUCAGCUGGCAGCACGAGGCCGACCCAUGACUUUAGUUAAAAAACUUGGAAAAAAACUAACAUUUUUCCAGUAGAUUCUUUGAAACACUAGACUGCUGUCAUCUAGAACAGGGGGAUGGAAUCUAUGGCUCUCGAGCCGGAUGUGGCUCUUUCGAUGACUGCAUCUGGCUCUCUGAUAAAUCUUAGCUGACAUUGCUUAAACACGAUAAGUAAUGAAUAAUUCCGCUGAUAAUCACAGUGUCAAAAUAUAACAAAUUCUCAUACAGUUUAAUCCAUACAUCCGUUUAAUUUACCGCACCUGUUGAAAAAGUUGCAUUAAUGGUGAGAAGUAUUUUAUUCAUUAUUAGUUAGCUUCAGAAUAACAAUGUUAUUAAAAAUAAUAGGAGUCUCUAAAAAUGUUGGUCUAACUUAUAAAUGCACGCAUUUAGUUGUAUUCAGUGUUAAAAAAUAUUAUAUGGCUCUCACGGAAAUAGUUUUUAAAAUAUCUGGCUUUCAUGGCUCUCUCAGCCAAAAAGGUUCCCGACCCCUGAUCUAGAGGAUCGUUGACUAGUUUUUUUUUUUUUUUUUGCAGUAAGUACUUAAACACAGCAGACCACUCUUGUUGCAUGGAUAGGGCAAAUCUACCCUCAAAGUGUAGUAACUAACAAAGUAAAUACACAAAAAUCUAAAUGUCCUAGGUUGAUUGGCAACACUAAAUUGGCCCUAGUGUGUGAAUGUGAGUGUGAAUGUUGUCUGUUUAUCUGUGUUGGCCCUGUGAUGAGGUAGCGACUUGUCCAGGGUGUACCCUGCCUUCCACCCGAUUGUAGCUGAGAUAGGUUCCAGCACCCUCGCAACCCUGAAGGGAAUAAGCGGUAGAAAAUGGAUGGAUGGAUAUCUAAUGUCCACUGCAGAGGAUGCUGGCUCUCAGGAAUAUAUGUAGUAAAAAUAACAGUAAAGGGAAAAGUCCAGCACCCGGUCCUUAGCUUUCUAGAAAUGUGACCCCCUGACAUCAUUUAGUUUAAUAGCACUGUUUAGUAUAUCAUGGCAAUCUUAUAUCCCACUAGAAAGAACACUAACUAUAAUAAUGCUGCAAACACAAACAUCGGAGCACAACCAACACACAAUGGGCAGCACAAAAAGCAACUACAUGUAAACAUUCCGAAGUGUUUCUGACUCUGACCAAGUGUCAAAAUACACAAUUUCUACAUUUGAUUUUACUUUCAAAAUGACUUGAGGCAUACCAUAGCGCUGAGUCACUAUAUCUUCUGGUAGAAGUAGUUAACACAAUAAAACACAAUAACACUUCGGUCGGCACUGCUUUACCCAUAUUCUACUUCAAAAGGCCCUCGGUUAAUUUGAGUUUGAGACCCCUGAUAUACAGCAUACAUCUGUGUGUAGAAACACAUGUGUGUUUUUUUGUGUUUUUUGGGCGACGGGGACAUUAUUGCAGCGAAUGAGCCAGAGGAGAAUCUGUGAGGACUUCAAAGUGGAAUAGCCUACAUUUGAUAUUUAUUUUUUUAAAUGAUGGCGAAACUAUGCCUAUGAUUAAUGCAAGUUGUAUUGCACAAAAAACAGAAGUAGAGAAAAAAAACCUGACAUCUGAUGUCUUUUUUUGUAAGUGUAUAAAUAUAUAGAUUAAUGGUUUUUAUUUGAAUUGGGGGGGUAAAGCGACACAAUCUUGCGAUGAGGAUUACACCUGCUAAUUUAUAUCUUUGAAUGUACAUAGAACAUGAAAACAAGCGCUGGUAUGGAUAUGCUGUACAUGCAGGCUUGAUAUAUCAACAGAGAAAAUAUUAAAAUGUUUUCCCAACA